GAUGCACUAUCAGCUCGUCUUACACAGCAACCACUACCUUAAUAAUGGCACCCACAGAGUAUUCACUGAGGCUUCAGAAAGGAAUCACUGGCGGUUUCGCACCACCCACUCCAAGCGCAAUCUUCACCCUCACUCGUCCUUUGAAUCAUGACGAGCUCAAUAUUACCUCUGCGAUUCGCGAGAUCGGCACUCCGAGUCUGGCUAGCGCUGCGCCCAAGUCGAUCCAGCACGAUGCUGAGACCGAUGCGCUCGUCGACGAGUUGCAUGGGAUCCUCAAGGAGAUCCCCACCGAGUCACCUCCCGGAAGUGAGGACAUCUACGGCAUGGACAUCAGCAUCGCAUGGGGUAGCGAGGAUCUGAUGUGGCAGAAUGGAGGCCCCUCGGGAUGUGGAGGCGGUACGAGCAUAGUGCAGGCAACCGAUGAAGAUAAGGCCAAGUUCAAGCGGGCGGUCGAGAUUGUAGAGAAACUGGUGGGCGAGACGGCUUGAUGAGAUCUAGAAGCGCCCGAGGCGAAGCUCUUAGGUAUGUAAUGUGCUGUAAUUACCAUGUAGAUGGACACAAAUUUCUUCACAAUCGGAAACAAGAAGAAUAAAUUAG